CUCGACAUGUCGCAACUGAGGCUAUCUCAUGGCGAGUAAAGCGCGCACUAAAUCGGGUGAUUUAAAGCGAAGAAGAUAAAAGCGGUAGAAACGUUCAAUUUAAUUUUUAGUUUUAAAUGUAUGGUAGUGAAAUGAUUAAAUGUAUUUUUGAAACAAACCAUUUUUUCACAUCUAGGUGUAAUCUCGAAUUAGAUUGUAUGUUGGAGUGAUUCCCCUUUACGGAAGUCGUGACAGCAGCAGACAACUACGAUCACAACAACGACGAGAAGCCACAGACUCGCUGUGUUACAUACUACUUUGUGCAGAACCUACAACUUAAGACAGAUUAUUAAGAGGUUUAAUUAUAACGUGCAAGAAGGUAGCUUAAAAUUGUUAGCCACUGCUAUCGCUAAAAAGACGAUUUUUCUAAAGUAAUAAAGUAUAUCUUUUUGCGUUAAUUUUCAAAACAGUGUUGUUAUAAUUAUAGUUUUCGAUUUCGCUAAUACAGUCGUUUCACUUACGAUCUACUUAAUAAUAACACAGGCACACAGAGGAGAGAGAGAGGUCCACAAACUUUUCCAGAAAAAGAUUUUUUUUUAUGUUUUUGGUUUUGUAAUUCUGUCGACAGAUCUCAGGUUUUACGUAGAGACGUCAGCAUUUAGUCGGUGGUUUAUUAACGUUAAAUUGUAAAGAGAUAAGCAAGAAAGGAUAUAUAAACCCUUCUGAAACUGUUGGAGGAACAGAUUCUACCACUAUUAUCAGGAGGAAUUUAAGAGUUAAAAUUCGGGUAAUGUUUAGGACUGUUACCAGAAAAGCUUAGAUGGUGACAGCAUCAUUCAUCAGAAUGGAAGGCGAAGAUUACGGUAAUAAAAAAUGCAAAGGUGAAAAUAAACUGCAAACCAUUAGUCCUAAUUCUCAGCAUGAUGGAAAGUGGCAGAAUCCAGGAUUCUUAGAUGAACACUUGAUAUCAAGUUCAUCUGUUCUUAAUACAUCUGAAGAAAUUGGCACCAGCAGUUCCCAGACCUUAACUCUGCCUAAACCAUUUGCCUGUGGUAUUUGCCAGAAAGAAUUUGGCCUUACAAAUGUCAAAGCUUUUCUUCAACAUAUGCAAGCUCAUGUCAAGGAGAAACCAUAUUUCUGCACCGUCUGCCCUUCAACAUUUUCACGAGAAAGUUUCCUGAAGAUUCACAUGUAUAAACACACUGGUGAACGACCAUUUGUCUGCAAAGACUGUGGAAAGGCCUUUCAUCGACCUUCUUAUCUUAAAGUCCACAUGUGGAAGCACACAGGGGUAAAAUGCUUUUCUUGCAAGGAAUGUGGUGCCACCUAUGCACGUCUCAGUUACUUAAAAAAUCAUAUGUGGAAACACACAGGAGUUAAAAAAUUUGUUUGUAAAGAGUGUGGAGCAGCAUUUGCGAGAACAUCUUAUCUCAAAACACAUAUGACAAAGCACACAGGUGUACGUCCAUAUGUUUGUGAGGAAUGUGGUGCAUCUUAUGCAAGGGGUUCUUAUUUGAAGGUGCAUAAACGCAAACAUACAGGCGAAAAACUGAACAAGGGAAACCAUAAGCGCAUUAAACAAGUUCUGAUGGAGGAGGUGGAAAACCUUUCUAUUGAGAUUAAACCUUUGGUGAAAACUUUGCGCCCAUGUAAACAUGUACCACUUCGUCGACAACCUGCUGAGGUUCGACUUCCAACCAAUUAUGCAAGUUAUAAGAAUGUGCAAAGACAAGAUGCAUUAUGUGUAUCCAUAAAUGAGGAAAUUUUGCUGCCUCCAGAUGAUUCCCUGUCAGGAAUAGACUGUAAGAAAGCAUGUGAAAUUUCAAGUUCAGAUAGUGAAAAACUGCGAAGCAUAAAAAUCAUUUGUAAAAGUCGUGAACCUGAUUGUUCAGAGAUCAAUCAGUUGUCAGGAAAAUGCAGUAAGUCAAGGAAAGCUGGCUUAAAACCAAUAAGGAGAAGUGUUCCUGUUAGCGCUGACUAUGAUUGUGUUUUGGAUACAGACCUGUUAUGUGAUGAGGAGUCAUUUAUCACAGAAUACAGCCAAGAUACCACAUCAGAUAAGGUUUCUUCUGGAGAUGCCGAGGGGUCUGCACAUUCAUUUUCUUCUUCUUUCACAUGUGGGGACAGCAUGGACGACAUUCAGCAGACCAGACAGAACUUAAAGUCAAGCCAGCAGAAGAGGGAAACAGGUCUGUCAUCACCAUGCUCUUUUUAUGAUGGUGAUGAGCUAGACAAAGAUGAUAUAAUAGGAAGUGCUAGUUUGGAAUCAUUUCUGAAAGAAGAACAUACAGCAGCUGUAUCUAAAAGUACUCAACAGAAAUUAGAGAACCCUAAAAAACGGUACAGAUGUGAGGAGUGUGACUCCUUGUUUGUCACAAAGCACAAUCUUAAGACACACAUGAGAGUUCACACUGGAGAAAAACCAUACCCAUGUAAGGAGUGCAAUGCAAGUUAUUCAACUAAAUUUAAUUUAAAGGUUCAUAACAGGAUGCACACAGGGGAAAAGCCAUUUAAGUGCCCCCAUUGCUCUGCUGCAUUUAUAACCAAGAACCACUUGUCUGUGCACAUAAUGACCCAUACUGGAGUUAAACCAUUUGUGUGUACAGAAUGUGGCAGUGGCUUUACCACAAAGACAAGAUUGAAAAUACACAUGAGGGGUCACACAGGUGAAAAACCAUUUAAAUGUUCUGAGUGCAAUGCUGCAUUUCCAGAGUCAUCAGACUUGAAAAAGCAUCAGAGAACUCAUACAGGUGAGCGGCCAUACAAAUGUCCCACCUGUCAUUAUGCCUUCUCAACUAACUACUAUUUGAAAAGACAUUUUGUGAUGCAUACUAAUGAAAAACCAUACAAGUGUUUGGAAUGCACUGAAGCAUUCACUACAUAUUAUUUUUUGAAGAAGCAUAUGCGAACACACAUAGCACAUCUGUAAUCAUUGCUGACAUUCCAAGUGCUUGCUACAUAUAAGAUUUUUAUUUCAUUUCCUUCUUUGUGUUUGUCAUACAUGUCUAUCAUUUAUCUCCCUUUGAGCUUGCUUGCUCUCUCUCACACACACACAUAUUCUCUCUUUAUUUGAUAUGCAAUCAUCCUUUUUCUCUCCCUUUCUUUCUCCUCCGUCUUUCACAAAUCUGUUGCAUUUCAUUCAAUUUUUACUUGAGGGCAAUAGGUAGGUGCAUAGGAGAGAAGGAAACAAAUGUUCAGUAUUAAACUUCCAAGUACUCUCUUAUUACUGAUAUUAGCAUUAGUACCACAGCAUGGUAUCAAAUUCAUGGAUGUGACUAAGAUGUGGAAUUAUUAAAUAUACACUAAACGCAAGUUUUGUUAAUUUUUUACUUUUAAGGGCAAUCUGAGACAAAAAGAAAAGAAAAUGUUGUGCGUGUGCAGUUGGAGAUAAUGACAGAUUCAGUCAAAUCUGAAAAGACAUUCCGUAGUUGGUUAAACUGUUCUCUUUAACAGAGAAAAGUAUAUUUAUAUGUCAAGAAUGUUUAUGCAUGCUUGAAUCUGUGCGUGCACAUUAACCUUAUUCUUCAUUUUGCCUCCCAACUGUUUGUGUGCAGGAUUUGGAAUUUGAAAUGUGUCUGUUUACCUUUUAUAAACUAAAAAUGAUAUUAAGUUUCAGUGGAAAUGAUAACAUUUGCCUGCAGCUUUAGUUUAAAGAUUUUAUUUUUUUGUUUUGUUAUAUGGGUGUCACCAUAAGCUUCCUCUUUCAGCGUUAUCUUCAUUUUGUCCAGUUCUUUGGGCACAAGGCUGUCAUUUUUCUUGAUUAAUGUUUUACUGUUUGACUGCCUAUUUUACGUCCAAAGUGACCAAAUUUAGAAAAAUGGAGAAUAGAUGAGGCACUUAAGUCAGCUAGUGUACAGUAAUGCAAUGGAUUGGUGGGUUGGGUACAUGUUAUACAUACCACAGUUUGACACUGUAGACUGCUUUUUCUCAAGGAAUAGUCUUCCAUUCUGAUUAGAGCAAGAUGUUAAAUUUAUUCAAUAUAUUUUUAACUUUCUAAUUCUGAUCUGUCACAUGGCAAAGUAUUAUUUUACUUGUAGAAAAAGGAAAAGGUGAGAAACACAUUACAAUUCACUGUCUUUUCAUAAACUUCAUAAGAUUCCUUCACAUUAUUAUGCAAACAACUCAGCAUUCUUGCUUAUACUUGGGUUUUCAUAGUAAAGCUAAACUGGGAACAUGAAAUGAGUGGUUGUAUACAAUGUAACACUUACAUAAUCUAUGACAGUUUUUAAAUAGAUUUUUCAAGGGAUGGCACAAUAGUUUAAGGAGUUUGGAUUUCCUUCUUUCAGGAUAGCCUGUAAGAUUUUUUUUUAUUGCAUAUGGUGCUGCAUUGUAUAUUCAGUGUUUUUUAAAAGAUCAAAGAAAGAUUGAAGCAUUUUCAUUGUUUUCUAGUUUAACUGCUGCUUUUAUAAUGUACUACACUGGGUAUAAAACUAAAAUGAAGCUUAGAUUACUUACAACUUUUUUAUAAGGAGGGGAAUGUCUCUUUGUUGAUAAUGAUAUUGUUUUGACAUGUAGAUCUAUGGAUAUUUUUUUUGUUGGAGGAGGCUAGAGAUUAUUUUUUUUUUAAAAUCUAUUGUUGAUGCCUUAUUGAAGUAUGUUGAGCAAUAAUAUUUAAUUUCUUGCAUUUUGAAGAUCAACACGGUCAGUGUUAACAUUUUAUCUGUUCAGAGAUUUAAACUUUAGACAUAUAUAAUCAAAUGACAUGCUUUGACUAAAGAAGUAUGUGUGCUCCUGUUUAUAGUGAUAUAUUCCACCAUUGCAGCAGCAGUACAAGCUGAAUGAAACUAGCAGCAAACAUAUUUUCAGCUUUACAUCCUAUGAUACUGUGAUGCUGCUGACUAACGAUAAAGGAUCUGUGUAUUAUGCAGUGCAGACCAUCAUGCACUCUUUGAUAAUAAAAUAAUUAAGAGAUUUUCUCUGUGUGUGUGUGAGUCAGUGACUGCACGCACGAGUGUUCCUAUGACUGAGAGUGCUGUUACCUCUUGUAUAACUGGAUUUCUGGUCAUAGCUGCAGCUCUGGGCUUAGACAGGCUUUCAGCUAAUGUGUGUGAUAAGCUAUGCUAUAUAACACCUGGUAUGCUUAAAAGGUCUUGAGGAUAUUUUAGUUGGGCCCCAUUUUUAUUUGGAGUAUCAGAAUUUUAAUGGAAGAUAAUAAAAAUAGAAAUGUAUUGAUCUGGAAAAAAGUAGAUGAGUUGCAGUGUAAUAGAAAGGUAUAAAGGUAUACUGUAGCUACAGGGGUAAACAUAGAAGCAUUAUGUGUCAGAUGUUACCAUCAAAAGUGUAUCUUUAAAAUGAAAGCAGCAAACUAUUUUGGUGGUGGUUACAUCACCAGUGUGUUUAUAUGUGUGAAUCUUCAGGAAACUGUCCUGAAAAUGUAGAAGGGCAGACAGUGUAGACUGCAUGACUUAAAAUUAGAGGUGAAAUAGUUAUUGCAGUACUGCCGCACUACUUUAAGCUCAACAUUGACUUCAGGUUGGCUGUAUUUCUAAUUUUAGUUUGUCAUAGAGAUGUGAUAUUUUUUAUUUUUUGAAAAGGACAAUGUAAGAGUUUGAAGACAAGAUCAAAUAUUUUCUAUGUAAAUAAGAGAUAAAAAAUGUUUAAGCAUAUGGAGACUGUUAAACAUUUACCAUAGUUAAAAACAGUACAGUGGUAUUGAGAUUUAAACAGCUUAGCAGUCAACCUGGUUUUUGGACUGUAUAUUUAUUAACAAUCCACAUGCAGAUUGUUAUAAUUUGUUUAAAAGAUUUGUCUCCAUUUCUCAGUACAGUUUAUGAUUGAUUAGUAAUUUGUGUAAAGUUUCUGUAAUUUACUUCUUUCAUGACAGAUUUUUCAUUUGUGUUAUUUAAAAAAUGGUGCAAUAUGGUUAUGCUUCUUGAAGCUUCUGGAAUGAAAACUUCAGUUCAAAGAGGUUUAUUAAUUGUAUGUAGCUCCCUGCUAAAGACUUUCAUCUUGUUUACUUAGGCUCACAUUUCUCUUUUGCUGUUUUUAAUGGCAUUGAAUCUCUGCCCCAGACCCUUUUAUUUGUCAUUGGCCUUGUAUUGUUCAGCUUCCAAUAGUUUGUGUUCUGCCACAGCAUCCAGAGAUUUGCAGAUUUUAAGAUAAACAGUUAUGUAAAGUUUUAGCACACUUUCAAAGAAUGUAAAAGAGUAAGAUGCAAAGUAAUGUGUGAAUGUGGAGAGAAAUGUAGCAAUGGGUUUAAAUCUUGACCCAGGCUGGUGAGGAAAAGAAACAUGAAGAAUUCCUUAAUCUAGGAAUCAACAAGUAAUUAUUAUUAUUAUUGGAAUUAUGGGCGGUCAUACUUUGUCUACUCAUAAUAUGUAACCUAGGCUACAUAGUGCUGAAAAUAGUGAUUUUUGUCUUGUUGAUAAUGACAUUGGUUACUGCCACUCUGAAAUUGGUGAUCCGUGAAGAUGGUGGUGCUUGGAAAAAAUAAAUUAUCAAAAAAUG